ACAGGAAAAAAGUCCAAACGAGGAAUUAUGCAAGAACAAACGACAUUCAAUUUGUACAAGGUUUAAACCCAUUUAAAAUACAAAGAAAUUUGCGUAACGAAACAAAACAAUAAACAAGAAAUACAAACAAAAGUCAGGACUUUUCUAUUCGUCAUCAAAAUUCUCUCUCCUCCUCCCCCUUCUCCACCAUAAUACAUCUAAAAUUUACCCAUCUUUUUUUUGAUCUAAAAUUGAUCAUAAACAUUGAAAAAUUACAUCUUUAUACAUUUCCAGAUUCACAAAAAAGACCAACACUUUGGUAAGCUUUUCAAGGAGGUAACUUUAUGUUUGUUUGUAUCAAUGGUAUGAAAAUUUCUUGAACUUAUUGAGGUUUGCAAUUAAUUAGUUCUUCAUUUUGAAUAAAUUAGCUAAAACCCAAGAAAUUUGAGGAACAAGAUUAGGAGAAUACUGUUUGUUUUUGUAUGAUCGGUUCAAUUUGUAUGGAUUCUGGGUUGGGUUUUUCAUGUUAUGAUUUAUGAUUUUAUGUGUAUAUGUAGAAUUGUAAACCUAAUUUGAUUGAUAUUGAGAUUUUAAGAUAGAAAACUUUGGAACUUCCAGUUGAUUGAUAAUGGAUAGAUAUGGUUCUGUACCUCCAUACCCUUAUGGUUAUCCACCCCCUAGUCAGCCGUAUCCUCCACCCCCAACUGUUGAGGGAUACCCACCACCCCUCAGUCAGCCGUAUCCUCCACCCCCAACUGCUGAGGGAUACCCACCACCCCCUAAUCAGCCGUACCCGCCGCACUCAAGCCAACCAUACCCUCCACCCUCAAGCCAACCAUACCCUCCACCCUCAAGUCAUCCGUACCCGCCGCCCUCGACUUCUGAGGGGUACCCACCACCCCCACAUUCCCCAUAUCCACACCCAUAUGCUUCCCCUUACCCAUAUCCAUACUCACAACCUGCUUAUCCGUAUCCACCAAACCCGUAUCCUCAACCUAGUUACCCAACUCCACCUCCUAGACCUUACUCAUUUUCUGGCCCUCUUCCCCAAACACAAAGUAGUGCACCUCAACCAAGUCUACAGCAUAGUAGUAGUUUUCAGUAUGGUUCAUACCCUUAUCCUGAUUCAAGUCCAUACCCUCCCCCUAAUGCCCCUCCGCAGCUUCCUUCACGGAUGAAUAGCUUUAACAGUACCCAAGGGUAUGAUAAUUUAGUGAGUGAAUUGCCAGCAAAUAGUGGAAUGGGUGGUGGUAGUAAUCCCUCAAAUACUUUGACAUACCCUCCCUUGGACGACCUUAUGGCGGAUAUGCGACUAGAGUAUCGCCCAUCUGCCCCUGCCUCACCUCCCGCCCCUUCUGUGGUUCCGAUGGAAAACUUUGCUUUGGCAAAUCCGGCAAGUUCAAGUGGACAGUUAAGUCAUCAGGGCAGCUUGUAUGGGACACAUUCUAGAGCUCCUAGUUGGGAUAGUUGUUUCUCUUAUGUCGGUAGUUGUGCUGGUUCUCCAAGUUCACCCCGUUUUGAGGGGGAAGGCGUGCAGCUUGUGCCCUAUCAGAAAGGGUCCUUGAGGUAUUUGCUUUUGCAUGGAAAUUUAGAUAUAUGGGUUUACGAGGCAAAGAACCUUCCAAACAUGGACAUGUUUCAUAAAACACUGGGUGAUAUGUUUGGAAAAUUUGGCAACAAAAUUGAGGGUCAUGUGUCUCGUAAGAUCACUAGUGAUCCAUAUGUGUCAAUAACCGUCUCCAAUGCUGUAAUUGGAAGGACUUAUGUGAUCAGCAACGAAGAGAAUCCUGUCUGGAUGCAGCACUUCACUGUACCAGUGGCUCAUCAUGCCGCUGAAGUGCACUUCUUGGUCAAGGAUAGUGAUGUUGUAGGAUCACAGCUCAUAGGAAAUGUAUCGAUUUCUGCAGAACAACUAUAUUUAGGGGAAAAAAUUGAGGGCACAUAUCCUAUUUUAAAUGGUAGUGGGAGGCAGUGUAAAGCUGGAGCUGUUUUGACCAUUUCAAUACAAUACACACCCAUAAAAAAUCUAAGUAUCUAUCACCAUGGAGUUGGUGCUGGCCCUGAUUAUCAAGGGGUUCCUGACACAUAUUUUCCUCUUAGGAAAGGAGGAACAGUUACUCUUUAUCAAGAUGCUCAUGUUCCUGAUGGUUGCCUUCCUGAGUUUAUGCUUGAUCGGGGAAUGAAGUAUGUGCAUGGAAAAUGUUGGCAAGACAUCUUUGAUGCAAUAAGACAAGCAAGACGGCUGGUAUAUAUUACUGGGUGGUCAGUUUGGCAUAAGGUUAGAUUAGUUCGUGAUGGUGGCAAUCAUGCUUCAGACUGUAGCCUUGGAGAGCUUCUUCGAUCUAAGUCAGCAGAAGGAGUGAGGGUUCUGCUUCUUGUGUGGGAUGAUCCUACUUCAAGAAGCAUCUUGGGUUAUAAAACGGAUGGAAUCAUGGCAACCCAUGAUGAGGAGACUCGUCGUUUCUUUAAGCAUUCUUCAGUACAAGUGCUACUUUGUCCUCGCAUUGCUGGAAAAAGGCAUAGCUGGGUCAAACAAAGGGAAGUUUCAACAAUAUACACCCACCACCAGAAAACGGUGAUAGUUGAUGCUGAUGCAGGCAAUAAUAGAAGAAAAAUCAUAGCUUUUGUUGGCGGACUUGACUUAUGUGAUGGGAGAUAUGAUACUCCAGGCCAUCCUCUAUUCAGAUCCCUGCAAACAGUGCACAAAGAUGACUAUCACAAUCCUUCAUUCCAAGGAAAUACCACAGGCUGCCCAAGAGAACCAUGGCAUGAUUUGCAUUCUAAAAUUGAUGGGCCUGCAGCAUAUGAUGUUCUUACCAAUUUUGAGCAACGAUGGUUAAGGGCUUCAAAGGCACAUGGGAUAAAAAAGUUAAAAAUGCCUAGCGAUGAUGCUUUACUGAUAAUUGACCGCUUGCCUGACAUUGUUGGUAUAUCUGAUGUUCCUUGCGUUAGGGAUGAUGAUCCAGAAUCUUGGCAUGUACAGGUAUUUCGGUCUAUCGAUUCCAGUUCUGUGAAAAAUUUUCCGAAGAAUCCAAAGGAAGCUACUCGCAUGAAUUUAGUUUGCGGGAAGAAUGUGUUGAUUGACAUGAGCAUACAUACAGCAUAUGUGAAGGCUAUUCGAGCUGCCCAACAUUACAUUUAUAUAGAGAAUCAGUAUUUCAUUGGUUCUUCAUAUAAUUGGAAUGGAAACAGAGACUUAGGUGCUGACAAUUUGAUACCGAUGGAAAUCGCUCUGAAAAUUUCUGAGAAAAUCAAAGCUCACGAGAGAUUUGCUGCAUACAUAGUUGUCCCAAUGUGGCCGGAGGGCAUUCCAACUGGUGCCGCUACCCAAAGGAUUCUUUUUUGGCAGAACAAAACAAUGCAAAUGAUGUAUGAAACCAUCUACAAGGCUCUGGUAGAGGUCGGGCUUGAGGGAGCUUAUUCACCCCAAGAUUAUUUGAACUUCUUCUGCCUUGGCAACCGUGAAGCUCCGGAUGGAGAUCCUGCAUUAGCUGGAAGUCCCCACCCUCCUAACAGUCCGCAGGCUAUGUGUCAGAAGAGCCGAAGAUUCAUGAUCUAUGUCCAUUCUAAAGGCAUGAUAGUGGAUGACGAGUAUGUGAUUUUGGGUUCCGCAAACAUCAACCAGCGAUCAAUGGAGGGAACUAGGGAUACCGAGAUUGCAAUGGGAGCUUAUCAGCCACAUCACACCUGGGCCAAGAAAUCAGCUCAUCCUUUUGGACAGAUAUAUGGGUAUCGGAUGUCUCUUUGGGCAGAGCAUCUUGGACUUGUUGAUGACUGCUUCACUGAACCAGAAACUAUAGAAUGUGUGAGAAAAGUUAGGGGUUUGGCAGAAAUGAACUGGAGACAGUUUGCAGCUCCAGAGGCCACAGAAAUGACGGGUCAUCUCCUUAAGUACCCUGUCGAAGUUGAUCUUAGGGGUAAGGUAAGACCCCUUCCGGGAUCUGAAAAUUUUCCUGAUCUCGGUGGUAAUAUAUGUGGCUCCUUCCUUGGAAUUCAAGAGAAUCUCACCAUCUGACGAACUUAUCGCCACCAACUUACGACCAAUUUUUUACUUAAAAUGUCCAUAGAUGCCAGAAACAGAUACCAAAGUUGCACCUUAGAAGCAAGAGCUCAAUUUUGACAGAGUAUGAUUUGUUUAUUUUUUUUUUUACCUGUUGUAUGUAAAUCUGAGGAUGUAAUUAAGCACGACAUUGGUAACAUGGUUUUGCUUGGUGGAUAUUUUUCUCCCACCCUCUUCUCUGUACCUGAGUUCAAGAACUGAGAACCAUGUAAAGGUUUCAUUGUCUGGAAUUAAAUGUGUUGUACA